UUUCAUAAUUUUUUUUUCUUCUGACUUCAUAUCAUGGCCUCUUCAACUUCAUCUCUGUAUGAUUCCUAUUUCUCGAGCAUUUCCAACUUCAUCUCUGUCAAGCUUGACCGCAAGAACUAUUCUUGUUGGCUUGCUCAAAUUGUUCCUGUACUGCGUAGCCGUAAACUCAUGUCCUAUGUUGACGGCUCCAGCUCCUGCCCACCACCCACUAUUUCUACAUCUUCCUCCAAAGAAGGUGACGCUCCAUCUUCACCUAUUCCUAAUCCUGCAUAUGAUGAAUGGAUUCAAAAAGAUCAGCUUGUGUUGUCCUGGAUAAAUGGCUCUCUCCACUCUUCUGUUCUCUCCACUGUUUCUCGUCUCUCUACUGCUCGUGACACAUGGUUGUCCCUUGAGAAGCGUUUUGCCUCCACUAAUCCUCAUCGUCUGUUAUUCUUGCAGAGUGAACUUCAUAACACUCUUCGUGGUGAUUCUUCUGUCCAAGAGUUCUUGGAUCGUAUCAAGUCUAUUGCCGAUGAUCUAGGCCAGGCAGGUGAAUCGGUUUCUGAGUCUCUUCUUGUCUCUCUUAUUUUAAAGAAUGUUGGCCCGAUGUAUGAAACUGUGGUUUCUGCUGUCCUUUCCCGAGGGACACCGAUUACAUAUGAUGAACUUGAGGUUCUACUUCUCUCUGCUGAAAAGCGCCUCCAGUCCGCUUCUGUUCCAGCGGCUAUUUCUGGCGUCUCUGCUUUAGUGGCUUCCAGAGGUCGUGGUGGUGGCCACCGUGGUGAUUCUUCUUCUAACAAUCGCGGGUCUUUCUCUACCUCUCGAGGUGGUGGCCGUCGUGGUGGCUACACUCCUGGCAGUCGUGGAUCAUUCCAGUUUGGUAAUGGUCGUGGUGGUUCUUCUCUCAGUGGUCAUGGUGGAUUUUUUCAGCCACGAUAUGGUGCUUCAGGGAUUCUUGGUCAAGUCCCUUCUCAAGGUGUUCGUGAUUCUUCUUCUUCCUAUGGUGGGUCUACUUCUGAGGUUCGCCAGUGUUACUCAUGUCAAGGCUUUGGCCACAUCGCCAAAAAUUGCCCAUCUCGUUUUCCUCUGCCUUAUAACAACAGGGCCCCACCCCAACGACUUCAGGGCAUGGCUGCAUAUCAUUCUCCUCCUCAUGGUGUUCAGAAUUGGGUUACAGAUACCGGUGCAAAUGCACAUGUCACCAAUGAUUUGAGUCAUCUUUCACAUACUAGGGAAUAUCGUGGUUCCGACACCGUCGCGGGUGUACUUGGUGGACAAGGAUUUGGCGACGGGGAGGACUCUUUUCUGGGGCAAGAGUGAAAAUGGUCUCUAUCCGUUUAAAUUCUCACCAAACUCGUCUUUUCAAAUCUCUCCAAAUCGUGUUGCUUUGUUAGGUGUCCGCGUUGAUAGUUUCGUGUGGCAUUCUCGUCUUGGUCAUCCAGCUUCUCCCACUUUGCAAUUUUUAAUUUCCCACAAUAAGUUGCCAUUGUCUGGCACGAAAGUCCUCUCUAAUUCUGUUUGUCAUUCGUGUCCGCUUGGUAAAAGUGUUAAAUUACC